AUGCCGUCUGGUCAAAGGGAAGCUACGGUGUCGAUACCGUUAACUCCUACGAGAUCCGAUUUGUAUUGGCGAAGAAUUUUUAACAAGUACGACAAAGAUAACGACGGACGAAUAUCCUACGUAGAACUGAAAGGGAUCAUCGAGUCCAGGGAAUAUGACCACGACUUGCCAGAUAAUGUGGUCGAUAAAAUCAUGGCGCUGGCUGACAGGGAUAACUCCGGGUAUCUCGAUUUUGCUGAAUUCGUCGACAUGAUGAAAAAUCCCGAUUUUAAAGCUGUUUUUGGUCAUUUUGUUGCGAGAUAUGUACAUUCGAUCAUUCCACAUCGAUCACCUGUUGAUACAACCGACCAGUGGACAGGAUUCAGCGCAGUUCCUACGUCAGAUGGCGACGGGACUUAUGAAGAGGAGUACAGUUGCUGGCCACCAGCUAUCUGCAUGAUUUUCAUAUCAAUUGUGGAGAUUGUGUUGUUCGUCUAUGACGCGGCGCAGGGCAAGACCGACGCGACGGGACCCAUCGCGCAAAUAUUUAUAUACAAUCCCCAUAAACGGCAGGAGGCGUGGAGAUUUUUGACGUACAUGCUGGUUCAUGUUGGCGUAGUUCAUCUCCUCGUUAACUUACUGGUGCAGCUGUUUCUUGGUGUGCCGCUAGAAAUGGUCCAUCGAUGGUGGAGAGUGGUGCUCGUGUACCUCGCGGGUGUGGCUGCUGGUUCCUUGGCUACAAGCCUCACGGACCCUACAGUGUAUCUCGCAGGUGCCUCUGGUGGUGUCUAUGCACUGGUAGCGGCUCAUAUUGCAACUAUUAUAAUGAAUUGGGCAGAAAUGGAGUUUGCAAUAAUCCAGCUGUUAGUGUUCUUAUUGCUGGCGACGGUGGACAUCGGCACGGCGGUGUACGACCGCUACUGGAGGCACUUGCAGCAGAAUAUAGGCUAUGUGGCGCAUCUAGCGGGCGCUGUGGCGGGUCUUCUGGUAGGCAUAGGUGUUCUUCGGAAUUUAGAGAAAAGGAAGUGGGAGAAGCGUCUCUGGUGGGCGGCGAUCGUUGUUUACUUCGCCCUCAUGCUAGCUGGUGUGCUAGCCAAUAUCUUCUGGACUUCACAUUUCAAA